AGCCAUGUACCUGCUCGUGCGGCCUCCUUCGGUAACCAUAUCACUAGCACUGCAAGAAGAUUUACAGUUGCACUGCAUUGUUGUCGGACAGCCAAGUCCAAAAAGAAUAUGGACAAAGAAUGGGAAAGCUGUAACAGAGGAGUCCCACAUAAAAAUUAAUGAUGAGUAUUCACUGUUUGUUAGUUCAGUACAAAGAAUGGACUCUGGGAACUACACAUGCUCAGCCGAAAACAUGUUUGGGAAGGAUGAAAUAACAUACUCGUUCCUUCAUCACCAGUGGCAUUACAUGUUUCAUUGACAACUGUUUCGAGUAUAACACUGCGGUGGCAGUCACCUUCUGCACAUGUGAACCUUAUCCAAGGUUAUUUCUUGUAUUUCAAGCGAGAAUUCGGUGAAUGGGAGAAAGUGAGGAUUCUGUCUAACUACUCAAGUUACACUCUCAACAAUCUGCAGUGUGGCACCAAGUACCACUUUUACAUGCAGGCCUUCAAUCAAUUGGGUCAGAGCACACCUACAUUAACAGUCACAACUCGCACACAAGGCUCAGUAAUUGCCCUCUGAAACUCAGCGAAAUUGUUCUUUUGCUGUGCAACAGAACGUCCGGAAGUUG